CCCAAGGCCUGAGGAAGAGAAGCCCCUAGCUGCUGCUCCCCACCCCAAAACUUGCCCAACAACCUAAAUCUUGGCCCAGGAGAGAAGUCAUGUGGAGCCCAGAAUAGCUCCUGCUGGACCUCGUGGCCAGGUCAGGCUCCGGCUGGGGACAGAGGGGGCCCUCUGCCUCCUUUCAACCUCUCUCUGCCUGUGUCCUCUACCUCUGCUUCUCCCACCCUCUUUCCCUUCCUAUGUGCUCAUGAGCUGGUCCCCAGAAGAGUGCAGGGGGCAGGGAGACCCCCCCAGUGACAGACAUACCCUCUGUGCCAGGCUGGUGGAGAAGCCCAGCAGAGGGUCCGAGGAGCACACCCAGUCUGGCCUGGGGCCCAUUGUCACCCGCACGGCCUCAGGACCUGCCCUUGCCUUCUGGCAGGCAGUGCUGGCUGGGGACGUGGGCUCUGUCUCCCGCGUCCUGGCAGACUCCAGUACCAGCCUGGCUCCUGAUUCCGUCUUUGACACCAGCGACCCAGAGCGAUGGAGGGAUUUCCGCUUCAACAUCCGCGCUCUGAGACUCUGGUCUCUAACAUAUGAAGAGGAGCUGACCACCCCGCUGCAUGUGGCAGCCAGCCGUGGCCACACGGAAGUUCUGCAGCUGCUGCUGAGGCGGAGGGCGAAGCCAGACAGUGCCCCCGGGGGCCGCACUGCCCUGCAUGAGGCCUGUGCUGCAGGUCACACUGCCUGUGUCCACGUGCUGCUGGUGGCAGGAGCUGACCCCAAUAUCCCUGACCAGGAUGGGAAACGCCCCUUGCAUCUCUGCCGUGGGGCUGGUACCCUUCAGUGUGCGGAGCUGCUCCUGCGCUUUGGUGCACAAGUGGAUGGCCGGUCUGAAGAGGAGGAGGAGACCCCUUUGCACGUGGCAGCCCGACUUGGCCAUGUGGAACUGGCAGACCUGCUUCUAAGACGGGGUGCGUGCCCCGAUGCCCGCAAUGCCGAGGGCUGGACACCACUGUUGGCUGCCUGUGACAUCCGCUGCCACUCUCCUGCCGAUGCCGAGGCCACCACUACCCGCUGUUUCCAGCUGUGCCGUUUACUGCUGUCAGCGGGGGCAGAUGCGGAUGCUGCCGACCGGGACAAACAGCGCCCCCUGCACCUGGCCUGUCGCCAUGGCCACGCGGCCGUUGUAGAGCUGCUCCUGUCCUGUGGUGUCAGUACCAACGCCAUGGACUAUGGGGGACACACAGCCCUGCACUGUGCUCUGCAGGGUCCAGCUACAGCCCUGGCCCAGAGCCCUGAGCAACUGGUGCGGGCUCUGCUCAACCACGGCGCUGUCCGAGUCUGGCCAGGAGCCCUCCCCAAGGUCCUGGAGCGCUGGUGCACGUCCCCACGGACCAUCGAGGUCCUGAUGAACACCUACAGUGUCCUGCAGCUUCCCGAGGAGGCCAUGGGCCUGGUGCCUCCUGAAACUCUGAAGAAGCACCAGCACUUCUACUCUUCCCUCUUCGCCCUGGUGAGGCAGCCCCGGUCACUGCAGCACCUGAGCCGCUGUGCGCUGCGUGCGCACCUGGCAGGCUGCCUGCCCCACGCCCUGCCCCGCCUUCCACUGCCACCCCGCCUGCUCCGCUACCUGCAGCUUGACUUCGAGGAUGUGCUGUACUAGGCAGGGGUGGAUGCUUCAGUCCCCACCUGAAAGGGGCAGACAAAUCACACAUCCAAGUGACAUCUGAUGAAGACAGCAAGUGGGCCACUCCUCUCCAAGCACCCUCUAGCCUGUAUGUUCAUUAAAAGUCUCCAGGCCCAGCUGGCAGUGGUGGUGCACACCUGUAAUCUCAGCAAUUUAGCGAGGCCCUGUCUCAAAAAUAAAAGGGCUGGGGAUGUAGCUGUGUGGUUUCAUUCUUUUCCAAUAAGCCUUCCUCCUCUUGCUGGCUCCUCAAGAUGGGCACUAGCAGGGUCCCUGGAUCCACCCAUGUGCUAGCCCACCUAACCUUCUCCCUUUGGCAUCCACCAGCUGCUGAGGGGUCUCAGGCAGCUGCCCAUUGUCCACUGGAAAUGGCCACCAGGUGAGUGGGUCAGAAGAGGCCUGAAGGCUUAAUGGCUGUGGGUAGGCAGAGCCUCUGUGCAGAGGGAGGUUUUGCAGAGAGGUGAUAGGACAGUAAAGGAAGGCUUGGCUGAGUAAGAGGCAAGGUGAGGAAGAGCCACCCAAGAAAGAGCGGACAUGCAGGUGGGCCCAGGGUGGAAGAGUGACCAUGGCUCAGGUGAGAGUAAAAGGCCCAGAUUUGGGAACCAGAACGGGUCUACCUGUUGCUUGAUACUGUAGGUCGCAGAGCACCCAUGUACCCCUGGCCCCGGCCUCUUUUCUGCUCCUUCCUUAAAUUCAGUUGUGUGGUGGCAAAAGUGCCACGCUGUUAACAGGGCCGGUUCCACUGUGCUCCUAGCUCUACCAUUAACUUUGGUGCAACACAAGUCUCCUACCCCCUGGGCUCACUUUUCUGCAUCUGUAAGAGAAAGGAGAGUCCCUAGGGGUCAUUGCAGCCUAGAGUGGUAAGAACCUGUAGGAGGGCCCAGCAGCCUGGAGCUGGCCCGUAACCACAGGAGGGAGGAGGAGUUGUCGGGAAGCCACAGAGCAGCCAAUCAGAUGCCAAGGGUCGCUAUACAGUUCCCAGGCCUCCAGAGUGCACACCCGCUGGAGCUCAGCCACUUUCCCGCCAACUGC